AUGAACGUUUUUCAACUCCUGAUGAAAAAGAAGGAACUUAUUCCUUUAGCCCUGAUUAUGACCUUCGCGGCGAAUGGAGUCUCAUGUUUUGCUGUACAUUCACUUAAAAAAACUGAUCUUUCCUUUACUUUUAGUGUUGAUCGAAAAGGAAAUCCUGAACCUUGGGAAGCUGUGGAUCCUACUGUACCUCAAAAGCUUAUGACAAUCAACCAGCAAUGGAGAGCCAUUGAAGAGCUGCAGAAGGCCAAAAGGGCAUCCAAAUGA